CCGAGGGCUCGCUCGCUCACUCACCUUGUGGCUUUGUGCUGAUCAGCUCUGCUGGUGAAUGAAAGAAAGCAAAAGGAAAGGAUGCUCCAUCACUCCAGUACCACUCUCCUCCUGUCCACCGACGGUCUCAACCAACUAACGCUCGGCUCGCUUUCUUUCGCCCUUGCUUUGUUUAAUUAUUAUUAUUGGCCGCUGCCUCUGCCUUCCUUCCUCUCUUCUUCUUCUUCUUCUUCUUCCCCCGCUUAGGAGCUAGGAGUACUAGUUAUAGUUACUUAACGCCGCCUGCUUCCUCAACACAAAUUAAAGUUGCUGCACAAGGUGAGUGAGCGGCCAUUGCUGGAGUAGAGGCUGCAGUGUAGCAGCAGCCAACUCAAGAUCAAGAUGCCGCACGCCAAGACGGACUCGGAGGUGACCAGCCUGGCGCCCUCCUCGCCGCCGCGUUCCCCGCCCCGCACGCGCCCCGUGUACUACGUCCAGAGCCCCUCCCGGGACUCCCACGACGGCGAGAAGACGGCCACCUCCGUCCACUCCACGCCAGCGCUCAGCCCCAUGGCCUCGCCGCGCCACUCCCACUCCUCCGUCGGAAGGGACUCCUCCUCCAGCCGCUUCUCGGGCCACCCCAAGCGAUCCAAGGGGGACAAGGCGGCGGGCCGCAAGGGAGCGCCGCAGGGCAAGGGAUGGCAGGAGAUCGGGGUCAUCGAGGAGGAGGGGCUCCUGGACGACGAGGAGCACACAAGGAUCGUGCCCAAGAAGUGCUACUACUUCCUCGUCUUCGUGCUCGGCUUCGUCGCGCUCUUCUCCUUCUUCGCGCUCGUGCUCUGGGGGGCGAGCAGAUCCCAGAAGCCGCAGAUCGUAAUGAAGAGCAUCAAGUUCGAGAACUUCAUCAUCCAGGCCGGCACUGACGCGUCGCUGGUGCCCACCGACAUGGCCACCACCAACGCCACCGUGAAGUUCACCUACCGCAACAAGGGCACCUUCUUCGGCAUCCACGUCACGGCAGACCCCUUCCAGCUCUCCUACAGCCAGCUCACGCUAGCAAACGGAGACCUCAACAAGUUCUACCAGGCGCGCAGCAGCCGCCGGACCGUGAGCGUUUCCGUGCUGGGCAACAAGGUGCCGCUCUACGGCGGCGGGCCGACGCUGACGGCGGCUCCGGGCGGCGGCGGGAAGCAGGCAAGCAGCAGCAGCAGCAGCGUGGCGCCGGUGCCGAUGGUACUUCGGACGACGCUGCACUCGCGGGCCUACGUGCUGGGCGCGCUGGUGAAGCCAAAGUUCACCCUGGGCGUGGAAUGCAGGGUGGUGAUGAACCCCAACAAGCUCAACAAGCCAAUCUCCCUGGAGAAGUCCUGCCACUACUCCUAAAAAUUACUCCUUUUUCUUCUUCUUCUGAUCUGAAUGUAUACAGUAUUUAAUUACCUUCAUUCAUCGUCCUCGAUCAUCAUCGAUCAGCUGAAAAACAGAAAACCACCAUCAUAUCUCUUCUUCUUUUCUUCUUAUUUUCUUCUUCUUCCAAAUGUAAUAGUAAUAUUAUUUUUAUCUCUCCUGGAUCUGUGUAUUAUUGUCCUUUUUGCCCAUCAAACAAAUAUGGCUGCUGUAAGAGUAAGUAAUUAAGACAGACAGAUCAUGCAUGCAUGCAUUCCUGUUCCUUG